AUGCAGUCCAAUAUCAACCAGUACUUCCGGGCUUCCAAGGGAGGCAUCGUACGUCCUAAGGAGGAUAUCGUCCACAAGAAAGAUGCCGUCGUGGAUGUGCACGUCGACGACCAUCGCCCGAACCCGUUCGACAUUCUUCCCAUUGAGAUGAACCAGCGGAUCGCCGAACUCCUCGAUGGAGACGACAGCCUGCGCGCCUUCAUGUGGACCUGUCGCUCUACCCACGCCGCCAUCGAGGGCAAUGGUCGGUCAUUCUGGCGGCGUCGUUUCCUCGCCACCUUCGAGAGGCCGUCGCAACCCAAGUCCAACAACGAGUACAAGAACACGUACUUGCAGCGUCGCCUCAUCAACUUCCACCUCGUCACGUUCUUCUUGGGCCGCAGCAAAGAGGAGAGGGCGUGCCUGGAGGUUGUCCGAGACAUCAUCGUCGAAUCGUUCUCAGAGGCGCACGACGAUGCCGGCGCAGGGUACAAGUCUGCCAAUUUGGCCUACCUCAUCAAGAUCAUCGAAGCCUGCCCAUCCCUCCUCAGCUGCAUCUUCGAUCCCAAUACCAGGCGGCCACAACUUCAGCAUCGUCAGCGCACGGGAAACGUCCAGCCUGAUCCUCUAUUGCAGACGAUUCAGGUGCUCCUGACGUCACAACUCCUGAAACUCGACUCCGAGUUGACGCCCUGGGGCUUCCCAGAGAGCCAGCAACAGGCGUACAACUUCAGAAAGAUGUGGAAGAAGUCAGGUGGGCUCAGUCUGGACAUGGAGUGGCUGCUUCACCAAGUCAACUUCUGGAGAUACCACAUGCUCCGCGAGGACGAGAUCACACUGUGCCACGCGUAUUGCCAACUCGAUGCCAGUGAGUACCCACGCUACUGGGGAAAGCAGCUCACCAACCACCCUCAAUCCACUGGCAUUGUCGGACGCCAUUGGAAAGGGAGUUGGGCAUAUCUAUCGCCCGAGGAGGUAGAGGAGAUUCGUGAAUAUGGCCCAAACGAAACGAUUCAAGAUCAGUUCUGUGCAGAGAGCCGCGAAUUCCAAGACCUCGAGCUUGAGUUUCUCGACAACGGCGAGGAGACGUGGCCUGCGGUGUUUGAGCAGUAUCUCGGGGCACUCUCAGCACCCAAGCUGCAGCACGCCAAGACUCGCGCCAGCAAGGGCUCAUCACAGCCGGACGACUUCACCUGGGACUCGCGAAGCUUUCGGUUCGGCGGAUCUGGCAGCGAGGCGAAGCAAGGCUUUCUCGCAGACGGCUGGCUCAACACGCUUCCAUCGCAGAACGGUGUCCCUGGCUGGCAGCGGUUGACCAUGAUGAAGUACUUCAAGGACCACAACGACGACGUGGAUUACAGUCGCGGUCUCUGGGCGUACGAAGGCGUCGUGCUCCCCGGCGGCAAGAUCAUCGUAGGUCGUUGGUGGGAUCCAGAAGAUGGCUCGUACUCUGGUCCUUUCAUCCUCUGGUGCGUCGAUACUCCGGAACUUCUUCGCCAGCACGAGGACGAAACGACGAGCCAGCAGCUCUAG